UCUUCCUACCUUGGAGAAACAAGCAUCUAAACCUAACACAAAAACCAAAAUAAGGAAACAAACCGAGAAAAAGAAGGGGUUUUAGGUUCCCUCAAUAUCAAUCCAGGUCCCUUCAUCAAAGGGAUUCUCUGAUCUAAUAUAUUAUUCGUAGAAUCAGAUACUUCAUCAUCUUUUUAGAUAUCUUUCUGUGAAUGAAUCAAUAAUAAUAUAGUUAUAUACUUCCAUUUUUUGUUAUUCUUAUCCCUUGGUUGAUAUAGAUACACAUAUACAUAGUUUUGAUAUCAUAAUCAAGAUCAAGAUCAAGAUCAGGAUCAAGAACAUGCAGGGGGUUGAGAAGAAGUACAUAACCCCUGAGGAGCUGAAGAAGCAUAACAAGGCAGGGGAUUUGUGGAUUUCAAUUCAAGGGAAAGUCUACAAUGUCACAGAUUGGGUCAAGGAUCACCCUGGCGGUGAUGUUCCCAUUCUAAACCUUGCAGGCCAGGAUGUAACCGACGCAUUCAUCGCUUACCAUCCCGGCACAGCAUGGCAAUAUCUCGACAAGUUCUUCACCGGCUACGACCUCAAAGACUACAAUGUCUCCGAGGUUUCCAAGGAUUACAGAAAACUCUGUUUCGAGUUUGCGAAAAUGGGGCUAUUCGAGAAGAAGGAGCAUGUUACUCUAUACACACUGUCUUCGGUUGCUGCCAUGUUUGCCAUGGUGGUGUACGGUGUCUUGAAAUGCACAAGCGUCUGGGCUCAUCUGGGAUCGGCCCUUUUGCUUGGUUUGCUUUGGAUGCAGAGCACAUAUGUUGGACAUGAUUCCGGCCACUAUGAAGUUAUGUCGAGCCGGCAAUACAACAAGUUUGCACAGAUUCUUUGUGGGAAUUGCUUGACAGGGAUAAGCAUUGCAUGGUGGAAGUGGACUCACAAUGCACACCACAUUGCUUGUAAUAGUCUUGACUAUGAUCCUGACCUACAACACAUUCCGGUUUUUGCAGUGUCUUCACGGUUCUUCACCUCAAUGAAAUCUUACUUCUAUGAUAGAUGCCUCAAGUUUGAUGCUCUGUCUAGGUUCUUGGUGAGUUACCAGCACUGGACAUUCUACCCUGUAUUGUGCUUUGCAAGGCUAAACCUUUAUCUUCAGACCUUUCUGCUAUUGUUUUCGUGGCGGCGCAAUGUCCCGGAUAGAGCUUACAACAUUGCUGGGAUCCUUGUGUUCUGGACUUGGUUCCCACUCCUUGUUUCAUGCCUGCCAAAUUGGCCGGAGAGGGUGAUGUUUGUGGUUGCAAGUAUGGCUGCAUGCUCCAUUCAGCACCUCCAAUUUUGCCUCAACCAUUUCUCAGCCAAUGUGUAUGUUGGGCCGCCAAGUGGGAACGAUUGGUUCGAGAAGCAGACGAGUGGGACACUGGACAUCUCUUGUUCAUCUUGGAUGGAUUGGUUCUUUGGUGGGUUGCAGUUCCAGCUUGAGCACCAUUUGUUUCCAAGAUUGCCAAGGGCGCAAUUGAGGAAGGUUUCUCCCUUGGUGAUUGAUCUUUGCAAGAAGCAUGGUUUACCUUACAGGAGUUUGUCUUUCAUAGAGGCCAAUAUAUGGACCCUCAAGACCCUAAGAACUGCUGCAUUGCAAGCCAGGGACCACACUAUCCCUCCCCAGAAUCUGCUAUGGGAGGCUUUCCACACUCAUGGUUGAACACAGCAUAUAUAGUUGACAAUUGAGGUUUCUCUCAAGCAGAUUAUCAUACACCUUAUGGUGUUAGUUUUAUUUGUUCAUGUUCUAUGUAUAUCUCAAUAAGCUAAAUGGUAUUCUUGUACAGUUUUCUUCUGGAAAUGAUGUUAAAUUGCUGCA